UUUGUAAAUUAAUUAAUUUGUUAAAGUUGCGGGUUGGCUUAUCAGAUUUUAUUAAUCAACUAUACAGUUUAACAAUUGAUACAAAAGUUUAAUGUACCGCUGUCGGCUCAAGUGAGACCAUAGAAGUGACGAUUUACGUAUUCCCGCGUGGCUGCAGUGGUCCAACGGAGCGCGACGAAAAGUAAUUUGUACAAAAAACUAAAUUCAGUUCAUUGCGAUUGCCAAGCCGAGUUGUUCAUCAUGUUUUGUCUGACCGCACAACAAUAAUCUAUAUAGGGUCACUGUUAGUUUUCUUAAUAGUUUUAAUUACUAAGCCGGUACCCGGUAAUCUACGGCAUGCUUUUCUGUGGUUCUUCAAUUAAAUAAGUUUUAAUUGUUAGUGAUAAAUAAUUCAAAUAAGUGUUGAUAAAAGAUCUUUUAAAAAGUGGUUUUGUUGGAGGAAAUGGGUGUUUUCAAAUGGCUGCGUCGAGAACGCGUAACCGUAACAACAAGUCAUAUUGAUAAUGAAACGGAUGACGCGACUGCAGAGGUUGGCACUAUCAGAACUGAACAAUACAAAAGGGACCUAGCCGAGUUCCAGGCAAGACGAUCCUUGGGUGCGGACCACGAAACACCCAAAAGGAAAUCAGGACGACACUCUCUACCAGCCUCUUGCACCGACUGCGCCGGCGAACCCAGCUUCAACUAUGAGAAGAAAGGCCAGAAGUAUAAGAAAAAUAAACGUUAUACGAGAGCGUAUUCAGACGAAAAAGCCUACGAUGGUGUGCCAAAUAUACAUUUCCUUUUUAAUAAUCAAGUUUUUAUGCCUGGCGAUCUAUUUCACAAAGGAUCCUAUUCUGAACCAAAGAGGACUAGUCAAAGACAGCUACCCGAGGUCUUAAAGCAGAGACGUAUAGAAUUCACCAGUGAACCGCCAUUGUUCUUCAAGAAUAAUGCUCUGAAGUAUGACGCGGACGAAUUCCUCAAUUCGAAAGGGGUUGAAGAAGUUGAUGGGAUUGAUAACCGGGAUAAAGAUAUCACCGACGACAAGUUAUGCGAAGUAAUGAGUGAGCUAAAUGAUUUGGAUCAGUGGGCAGAUGAACAGUUACAUGAUAAUACGAUAAGAACAAGCAGGACGGAAGAUAUAGAGAGCGAUACCAGUACACUCGGUUUAAUAGUCGCUAGUUCCUGUAAUCUUAAUAUUGCUGUCGACAAGUGCAAAUGCUGGAGUCAGGGCAAGUGGGGUAUUGUACCGGUGCAAAUUAAAAGAAUAUGCGGCGUCACUAUGGAGCAAGUCAAAAAGAAACUCAACAUGGAGAUAAAUAUACUUAGGAAAUGUCGCCAUCCAAACGUAAUCCUCUUGAUGGGGCUUUACCCAGGCGUAAAUAACGACGUACACAUAGUGUGUGAACGAUUCGUAGAUUCGCUUUACGGAAUAUUGUAUAAUCAGGGCCGUACUCUCAGCGCCCAAACAGCCGUCCACUACACUCUAGAUAUAGCCAAUGCCCUGGCUUUCCUCAAAAUGCAUGGCUACAUGCAUACUGACUUACACAGCACCUGUAUUGUGGUCACCGCACACGACACGGCUAAAUUGGCAGACUUAAGCCCUUGUAUGAAGGGUCGGAAAGAACCUAGGGUUGAAAAGAACUAUGAUGAUUAUUCUUCGGAACCUGUGUAUGUUAAUAUUGAAGACACACAAAAGCCGACAACUCCAGAAUCGGAACCUCUUAUAUCGGCCCGUUCUUCGGAGUUCUAUUUAAAGGAUGGCGUUAAGAAGAACUAUAAGACCUAUAGUGAUUCUGAGUUCUAUAGAUGGCAGGCUCCAGAGUUAUACAACCCUGACGAAGAAGGAUUCGUUUACCCCUGUUCUAAAAGUGACGUGUAUUCGUUGUGCCUUGUACUUUGGGAAUGUUGUAACGGCAAAAUGCCAUGGGAAUCGUAUACAUAUGAGAGAUUAAAAGAGGCAUAUGUUGUAUGGCAAGUAGGGUUGCGUCUUCCUGUAGACGGUACCUAUCCAGGAUGCCUCUUAGAUCUGCUACAGAAGGGUCUGAGGGUUCGCAGGGAUCAACGCAUAGAUUUAACAAUCCUACAAUCUAUGCUGCAAAGUGUUAAGGAAAACCUCAACAAAAUGGAGUACAUAGUCAUACCGCUGCGUACAAAGAAGUCCGACUUUAGUUCCCAGUGGGAUUCCACAAGUCCUGCCGAGUCUGACUGCCAAAGCCCGAAGAUCAUAAAACACGGUGCAAUAGUCCAUCACCAUAAUUCAACGGAUAGUAGUCCCAUAUACCACACCUUAAAUAAAGUCGACCAAGUUGACAAAAUAUGCUUUUUAUCUGAUGAGGAGUUGCUUCCAGCGAAAUAUGGCAAUUUGGAAAAGAGCUAUGCCAGCAAUUGUUCAACGCCGGUGUCGAAAUUCCGUGAGCGAAACAAAGAGGCGACACCUGAUUUGCAUCGAAGUGAUUCUACUCAGUACUGCAGUAUAUUGAGUCCGCGUAAUAUUGAACUUAACGACCAAAGUAUUAAAAACCAAAGUGCUGAAGCAGCCACCGCAAAGCUUAGUCGAAGCUUUACACCAAAGUCCUACAAACCCCUACAAAUAACAGUUCCCGAAUUUAAUCUAGACUCUAUUCGCGAUAUUGUUAAGAAGCAAAAUAGUGAACGUGCGUCUUAUAACUUUGAUAUAAAGAACUAUAGUUUGCCCAAUACGCCUAUAGCUAGGAGUAAUAAAUUGAGGAAGAAUGCUUGGCUCUCAGGCGAAUUGGAUGUGAAAGAAAAGACGUCGGAAAAGUCACAAGAAUUGUACGAUAAGGAGAAAAUACAAGAUAUAUGUAAAGAAAACGAAAAAGAAACGUUCGACGAUCAGAAACACGAAAAUGUUCGGGAAACUGAGAUAAAAGAAAAAUCUUCUGACUUUAUUAUUGUUGAAAGCCCAGAAUUAAAAAAACCUGCAUCGCCUGUCCAAGAAUGUGUGCGAGACAGCUACACGGGUUUGAAACGAAUUCCGGAUCCACCACUCGACUUCUCGUUCCCCGAGGUGGACACGAGACCGUCUACUUGGUCCACUCGGUCUGUUCAGUCGAACCUUUACAAAGUGGAAGAAGAGGUGCUAGCCAAUGUGAAUGUUAAGCCGUUGGUCGCGAUUCAUGAGAAAUGGAUACAUGAGGCGAACAAGAAGAAUGUGAGGUCGUUUUCGCUGCCGGAAGAAAGCCGGGCCAGUGUUAGAGCCGUGAAGCCGGCGUCACAUUGCACGGACACAAUGCAGAAGUCUCUCCCACAGUUGUACUUUAAGCCCUCCUCAUAUAGGCCGUACCGGGCUUCACCUGUAUCUCCUGCUGCGAGCUGGAAGAGCGGUCCGUUCGAGCAUUAUUUCCAAUCCCGUGAUAGUAUGACUAAAAGCGUCACUUUUCCCAUCCGAGGCAAUGAACACAAACGACUGGACCUGAAUAAAUCUAAGAGCACGGACGAUGUUUUUGAGCCAAAUGAAAAAGUGGACCAAGCCACUGACACGCAAAAUAUAGAGGACUACAUACGCAACUUGAUUUGUAGUGAAAUACGAAGCCUUUGCGAUGUGGACGUUUCUGAAUGCCCUAAUAAGAAAACAGAGGAGUUCCUCGAUAAAGGCGUGACUAACGUGGUCGAAGGCCUUAAAGAAGACAAACAGACGAUUAAAUCUUUCUCGAAAGUCACAGUCUUGGGUAAUAAUAAGCCUCUAAUCCGAAUUACGUUCAAUAACAGUGAACGUAACUUACAAGUGCUCGAUAAGAAUGUAAAUGUUGUUAUUGGGGAAAAUUCUAAGGAAAAGCUAAAUAUCUCCAUCGGUGAACUUUCGACUGAUGAUCAUCUCAACCAAUUGAAGAGGUGCCAGGCUUUCAGCGCUAUUCAGGAAGCUUGCAGCACCGAAGACUUAUACAUAGACGACGACAUUUCCACUCACUGGCAAGACAAUUUCGGUGGUAAUUUAAAGUUUGUACCGCUCCAUGGCUCUUUGCAUGAACUAGUUUGCGAACGGAACGACGAGUGUUGCCUCUUCAAAAUUAAGCAAGAGAAUGGCUGUGACACAAUUUACUUCAAAUCUGACAGUGACACUGACGUCACCGACGGACAUGACAGAGGAGACAGAGUUAUCUUCAAACGAAGCAUAUCUGUGGUGGAGGAGCGUAUACAACGCGUAUCCCCGAGGGCCAUGCGACCAAACCCCGUGGCAGCGCUGAAAAAACUCAGUGACAAACUGAAAUCUCGGCCGAAAACCGACAUCUUGCCCACAAUUAAUGACGAAACGCGCGCAUUGAGCAAAAGCACUCCGGCUUUGAACUCCGGCGAGAAAGAAGUUGAGGUUAACAUAGAAAAUGUGAUGGCUUACCAAGAUUCCUCUUCCGACGAAUGCUCGGCAGAAAAUGAUGACUUCGAGAUUAUUGAACGAGAGAUAGAAGAUGAAUAUAACGCGUCUAUGGUGUGCAAGUGUUUAGGAAAGAUUUCCGAGGAGAACCUCUCCACGAUGGAUGAUAAUGAAAACUAUUAGAUUGUUAAAAUAAAAAUUUUUAAAUAGUGUUUAUUAUAUGAAUGUUAAUGAAUCCCUAAAGUACAAAUAACUAAGCUGGUUUAUAAAUCUUAGUUAACUCCAAAGACGUUAAUUUUUCCCGUAGAAGGCUUUAGCGCAAUUGUGAUUUUAAUGUUAAGUUGCAUUCCAUUGUUGUGAUUUUUAGAAUAUUUUUUGUUUAAGAAUAAAUUAUUUUUUUAUGUUAGAGUACAUUUUAGAUUCAUUUUUUAUUGUUAAAUCAUUGAACCAAAGGUUGUUCAGUUAUAAAUUAAGUUUUAGUUUUCCAAUCGAGGUUGUAUCAAAAUAAUCGCUCCUGAGAUGGUAAUAUAGAUUUGUAUUUGAUUAUAGAAGUCACUCAAUUUUUAAAUAAAUUACUUAAUUAGCUACA